CGGAAGAACACCAGCUUACUUUAUUCGGAAAUUUAAUACGAGCAGUACAGAACUGAAAAUAAAAAAAAUGAAAUUUGCUUCAAUUUUUUUGAUAUUCACUAUAGCAGCUAGCUCUGCUUCAGCGUUAUCAUUGGACGGUCGUAUAAUUGGUGGCGAAGAAGGUGAUAUUACAGAUUUUCCAUAUCAACUUUCUUUAAGAAUCGGAGGACGUCAUAAUUGUGGUGCUUCAAUAAUUGCUCCAAGAUAUGCAUUAACAGCAGCACAUUGUUUAGAAAAACGACGUGCCGAUGAAGUAACAUUACGUGGCGGUUCAACAUUUUAUGCUAAUGGUGGAAAAGUUGUUGAAGCUGCCGAAUUAUUUAUUCAUCCACAUUAUAAUCGUUAUAAUGAUUACGAUGUUGGAAUUAUUAAAACAAAAUCAGAUUUAUUUGGUGAAAAUAUGUCACCGAUACAUUUACCAUUCAAUGAUGGUUCUAUUAAAACUGGUAGUAUAGGAACUGUUUCAGGAUGGGGUUACAUAAAAAAUGGAACAACUGUUUUACCAGAUAAAUUACGUUAUGUUCAUUUACCAAUAAUUGAUCAGGAAUUAUGUAAUAAAGUAAUGGAAAAAUAUGGUGGUGUAAGGGGAAUGAUGUUCUGUGCUGGAGCACCAGGAAAAGAUGCUUGCCAAGGUGAUAGCGGUGGACCAAUGGUUAUGGAUGGUGUUCAAAUUGGUGUUGUUUCAGCUGGAAUGGAUUGUGGUAAUCCAGAAUUAUAUGGAAUUUAUACAAGAUUAUCACAAGCAAAUGUUAGAUCAUUUAUACAAAAUAUUGCAAAAGUUUGAAUAUAAAUUCAUAAUUUAAUUUGAAAUAAAGUGGUUCGAGUUAUAC